AUGCGAUUCCUCUACCAGCUGACCAUAGUUAUAAUGUCUGUGUCCUGUGUGGUUGGUAUAGUGGCAAAUGGGCUGGUGCUCUGCAUGACCAUUUGCUGAAUGCUGCACACUGUUACUACCAUCCGGUUCUUCAACCUGGCCCUUGCUGACUUUACUGUCUUAUUUUUCCUGCCCAUCGCCAUACACAGCAUAGCUUUUGGACAGUGGCUCCUCAACAAUGUGGCCUGCAAGCUUUACACGGCCUUCUUGGCCCUCAGCUUCUUUACCAGCAUCUGCCUCCUGGUCCUCAUCUCUCUGGACUGUUGCGUCUCUGUCCUCUACCCCGUCUGGUCCCAAAACCAUCACAAGGUGCAGCGAGCAAUCUGGCUGGCUGUUGGUGUGUGGCUCCUGGCUGCCAUCACUUGCUCUCCACACUUGAUUUUCCAGAUCCUUGAAGAACGGAAAGGAUGUGUCUACUGCUGCUUCAAGUUCCACAUAGAGAAUAAGGGGAAGGAGAACUCCAACCCCCAGGAUUGGCAGCGAGUGGUUUUGAAGAGGAAAAUUACUGUGAUCAUCGUUCACUUCCUGCUGGGUUUCUUGGUGCCCUUGGUGAUCAUCAGUACCUGUGCCCACCUUAUCCGCACCAAGCUCUGGUGGGACGGCUGGGUCCAUGCCAGCCGGCCAGAGAGGCUGCUGCUGGUGUUGGUGAGUGCCUUUUUCAUCUCCUGGUUCCCAUUUAACAUGGCGCUCUUGGUCCAAUUGUGGCAACAGCAAAAUGACCCUGGGAUGCUGCUCAUCCUCUGGGCUACAUUCUCCCUGGGCUGUUUCAACAGUUGCCUCAACCCUUUCCUCUAUGUCUUCAUUGGCAGAGAUUUCAAAGAAAAGUUUUUCCAGUCUUGGCCUUUUGCCUUGGCCAGAGCAUUUGGUGAGGAGGAGUUUUUCAGUCAGUCUGUCCCCAAGGGGAAGCCACCAGGGGAUGAUGGAAACCUUCAAGUACAAGCUGGAAAUCCUCCUGCUUAG